AUGAUUAGUUUGCAAAAGGCCUAUCUUGGAAUGCAGUGUUUUUGGGGUGCUGAAUCGACGUUCGCAAAAUUAGACGGAGUAUUGGCAACACGAGUUGGUUAUGCUGGUGGUACCACAGCGACACCUAAUUAUCGAAAUAUUGGUGAUCAUACGGAAAUAACGGAAGUUCAGUUUGACGAAAGGAUUAUAAGCUACGAUAAAAUUUUGGAUUGUUUCUGGGAGAAUCAUGAUCCAACUAAAGAAAAAUAUGGCAAAAGAAAACUACGUACAUAUAUUCAAAAGCUGAUUCAGUUUUAUCAGGCAGAAGAUUAUCACCAAAAAUAUUGGUUGCGCUGUCAAACGGCAAUUUUUGAAAAGCUGAAUCUAAAUGAUGAAGAAGUGGUGAGUUCAUUGCUAGCUACAAAAGUGAAUGCCUUUUUGGGAGGCUAUAAAAAUUUCGAUGUACUCAAACAACUAGCUGAUAAGUACCGGUUGGACGAUGAUGUUAUUCAAUUGAUUGAAAGUAUUGCUGUAAAAAGUGGAGAUACAAGUGCAUGUCAUUUUGUAAAUUUGAUCGCACAAAGUUUGCGUGGUGUGGAUCUUAUCAGUGUUUGUUUGAUUCGUUGGAGUGAGCGACGUUGUGGAGUUGAUUGGUUAGCUCGGGAAGCGAUGAGAUGGGAUGAUUCUUGCGGUAAAGAUGGUUGGACGGUGGGAUUAUCGUGA